CGUUCCGCCUUGACUCUGCAUGACGACACCUUACAUGAUACCAGGGCAUGGCAUAUCUUGAGAUUCGUCCGGCCUAUUGCAACCUCCAGCGUCUUCGGACUUUUACAUGAUUGUACCGGUACCCGCGCGCUGUUUUCUUUUUCUUUUUUCUUUUUUUUUUUUCAUCUGCGGCUUAUAUCGGUGGAUUUGCGGCAUCUACCUCGGACUCUAUCAAACAUCACUGCAUCGUCGUCGACCCAUGGAUGCGUCGACUUGGAUCCGGAUUGCCCAGCGCCAUGUCACACGGCACAACUUGAGCAGGGCUGGUAUUGGCCGCUUGAUCGAACUACGAUGCAAAUGCGCUUGCCUCGCCUCUGGGGGUAUUGACGACUACAAGGUGGGCCAUGUCUCGCUUUUUUGAUGCACUUGACGGCGUGCCUCAACCAACCAUUUCAAGGAAUUUCGAGCCCUGCUGAAUCUGCCAAACGACUCUUACAUCACCAUUGAUCUCUGCGCCGCUCACAUAGCCUCUUAUGGCCUCUUCAAGGAUGCUUUCGCCCUCGCCU